CUGCUUCUGGUUUGGAAAUCCAGGUUGAUUAUGUUAGUAUUCAAAUAAUGAGUAUAAGUAACAAACGUAGAAAGAAAUGAAAUCUCGGCUUGUUUUUGUGUGGACUUUUAUUUUCUAAAUCAUUUUUGGAGGAGAAAAACAGACUGACAAUGUUUUAGGGUGCCGAGGUUGGAGUGGAUCGUGCUUAGCGGAAAGUGGAAAAUCUUAAUUUUAAUGGAGAAAAAUCAAGUACUUGACACUUUGUUACCAGGGGAAGCUUGACAAAACGGAGCCACAAUGGACUCAGUGCUGAGAAACUCGUGGAUUCUGUUGAUCUUCGUGACUUGCUGUGGAAGUGUUGAUAUCGUAUACAAUAUCACAGAAGAGCAGGGGGCCAACGUGACACUUGGAAACAUUUUCGUGGACGCCCGACUCGGAGACAAUCAUAACGAAAGUCGAACAGAUAAAUUAAAAUACUCAUUCCUAAGUCAGCCACUUCAUUAUUUUGUGAUAGAUCCAGAAACUAGCGAUAUUAAAACAGCCAAGAAUUUAGAUAGAGAAAUAAUAUGUCCUUAUAAAGAGGAUUGUACAAUUCCAUUAGAAAUAGCCGUUCAGUCUGAAAUUGGAUCCUAUUUUGAGAAAAUCCAAGUUAUGAUAAAUUUAUUGGAUAUUAAUGAUAAAACACCAGCAUUUCCCGCUUCAGCAACUAAUCUCAAGAUUUCAGAAGGUGCUGUUGUCUCCAAAAGUUUUGUUAUAGAUGGAGCCAUUGACCAAGAUAGUGAAGAAUAUUCAGUCAAAAAGUAUGAAGUGAAGCCAGAUGGUACUCCAUUUGACGUCAUCUUCUACAAAAAUCUGGACGACAGUCUGUCCGUUAAACUGGUAGUCAAUCGUUCUCUGGAUCGCGAGGAGACCAGCCAUUAUGACAUCCAAGUCCUGGCCUACGAUGGAGGGUCCCCGCCAAAGGUCGGAAUGAUGAAAGUAAAUAUUACCAUUGAAGACAUCAAUGACAACAGUCCAGUGUUUGACAAUUCCAAUUACAAUGUGAGUGUCAAGGAAGAAAUUGCAGUUAAUUCUACCAUUCUGCAGCUCAGAGCCUCGGACAGAGAUACGGGCAGAAAUGGUGAAAUUUUGUAUAAAAUCAGUACUAACCAGCCAGAAAAAGUCCAGGAAUUGUUUUUUGUGAAUGAAAACACAGGGGAACUGAAAAUUGCUAAGCAGCUGAUAUAUGAGCCAAGUGAGAAAUAUAAAUUGAUUGUUGAGGCAUAUGACAAAGGGGAACAACCCUUCAUGACCCAGGCCUUUGUGAAUGUCCAUGUGCAAGAUUCUGGUAACAACCCUCCUGAAAUAAAGAUCAACUUGUUGACGGAUUCCGAUCGAGCCCAAGUGUCGGAGUAUGCCAACCGUGGAGCUGUGGUGGCUCACAUCAGGGUGAUUGACAACGAUGCUGGGGCUAAUGGAAUCGUCAGCUGUAACAUCAGUAACAGGCAGUUCACGCUGCAGAAACUAGAGGUCCAAGAGUACAAGGUGACGGUGGAUAAACCUAUGGACCGAGAGAGGCAGGACGAGCACUUCGUAAUCAUCACAUGCCAGGAUAUAGGUACACCGCCUCUGAGUUGUAAUGCCAGUUUCCGUGUGCAGGUCACGGAUGAAAACGACCAGGAUCCCAGGUUUUCUCAGGCCGAGUAUAGAGCUAAAAUUCCUGAGGGUAACAAUCCAGGAGAUGGCAUCAUUCAAAUCAUGGCUACUGACAAUGACCUUGGUGAAAAUGCCAGGAUUCAGUACAAACUCCACGGAGAUGCUGGGGCUGAUUUUACGGUGGACGCAGACACAGGAAGGAUUCGCGCUAACAAGGUGUAUGAUAGAGAGUCGAUGCCUCAGUAUCGCUUCCGUGUUUACGCUGUGGACUCUGGAGACCCUCCACGAUCCUCCACAGCCACAAUCAUCGUAGAUAUUGAGGACAUCAACGACAACUUCCCGGAAUUUACCCAGAAUCAGUUCAGGGCAUCCAUUCAGGAGAAUGUGCCUUUUGACACCUCCGUUCUCCAGUUGACCGCCACUGACAAGGAUACUGGGGACAAUGGCAAGAUCUCCUACUCCCUUCCCAAACAUUCAGAUGUCCCUUUCUUUCUGACUCCCAAUGGAACCGUCUUAGUCAAUGGAAACCUGGAUAGAGAGAAGAAUAACAAAUACGUGUUCACGGCUAUUGCUUCGGAUUAUGGCUACCCUCCCAACAGGAAUUCAGUGGUAGUGCAAGUGGACAUUACUGAUGCCAAUGACAAUGUACCCAUUCUUGUGUUCCCCAAUGCCUCCAAUGAUACGGUCAAAGUGUCCGUCAAUUCACCAAUGAACACAAUGGUAGCCCAGAUUCAAGCUUUCGAUUUAGACGAGGGUGAGAAUAAGACUCUGGUAUACUCUAUUGCUGGCAGAAACGAUUCUGACAUCUUUAACAUCAAUAGUUUGACAGGAGAAGUCAUCGUUGCUAGGUCCAUUCAUGAAGGUCUAGUGAACAGCUACUUCCUCCGAAUAGCUGUGUCCGACAAAGGGGUCAAACCGCUGACCAACUAUGCAGUUCUGCAUCUGGUGGUGUUGAGAACAAAUGUCACCACGUCUGUGUCUACGCACUCCCCAGAAGAUGAUGAACUCAACAUGAGGAUCGUGGUAGCUGUGGUAGUGGUCACACUUGUUCUUUCCAUCUCCAUUCUUUUGACCAUAUUUUUUGUGAGGCGCAGGGAUUUAAAAAGAAAGGAAUUAAAUGCACAGGCUGAGGCUAAAGCUCGUGUGAAUACUUGUCCCAAAGUGUAUUUGAACCCUCCACCCAAAUAUAUGGCCCCUGAACAGAAUGUUGGCAUGUUUUACAAUGAUGAAACAGACAGGGGAGGCAGAAGAAACAGCCAGAACAUGUAUCAGUUACCUGACCCUUCAAACACAAUAGAUAAAGAAGGAAGGAGUGAAUCGCCAAAUGACGAAUUGCGUCAGUCUGAGUUAAACAGAAUGGCCUCCAUUAGACUUCACCAGAAACUGGUUCAGUCCCAUGAUAAACAGUGGCCAAGCGGUUCAGAGUAUAAUAAAGAGAGACCGGACAAUCACAGCGAUACGUCAGGGGAGACCAUCCAGUCAGACAGCGGGGUGGGAAUCAGUGAGGGGGAGACCAGGAGUACUAUGUCUCACUCCCACCACACAGAUGACAUUCGCAGCAAGUUUGGUGGCCCCUCCCAAGUUGGAAGAAGAGGAACACCUCCACACCUGAGCAAUACCCCCCAGUAUAGCCACCACCCCUACUCCCAGUCGCCCCCACUGUACGAGAAUCUGGUGUCACUACAGCAGUACCCCCUGAUGGGGGACACACUGCACCACCUCCCACUUCACGUACGGACAUUUUAUCAGCCGAAGGGGGCUGGGAGUCCCACAUCGUCCGUUCCAUCAUAUGGACACUUCGCUAGUGGAAUAUACGCAGCACGCAGUGUAGACGAGACUUUAGAUAGUGUUGCCACGGGUUACGACGACGAUGACACAACAACGUCGGGUAGCUACACAAUUGACGCUGACGAAUAUCCAGUGGAAAUGCGUCUACAGAAAGUUCCGGAUGUGUUUGUAUAAUGUUUAAGGGGUGGGCCGAAAGGUGAAAGGUCUUCUUAUUGUCUCCAUGUGUUCCUCGGAUUCUAGUCAAAGAAACCAUUCCUACAGACAAACUGACCAGUAUCAAGUGCUACACAAUUCACUUAACUUUGUUAAUCAGGAACUCUCUUUUUCGUUAUUAUUUUGCAGUGUUUUUACUGCUAUAUAUGUUGAGGACAUGCAUAAUUACCUGCAUUUUCGUUUUGCAUUUACAUGUAUAGUCUCUUGUUGAAAACCAAGAUGAACACGAAUUCCCAUUGGUUUCUCUUUUGAGUUUUUACUCAAUUAUAUGCAAUGUAUCUACAUAUAUAAAUGAUCUCUUAAAAGCAUCACUUAACAUGUACAACCUAAAAUCGGAACCAUUGAUCAACAAACUGUGUAUUAUAGAGUUAUAUGCACAAAUAGUUCUAAAUCAAACAAAAACAUGUUGCAAUUGACAAAUGUAUAGCAAUAUUUUGUUUUCUAAAAUAUCUGUAUCAAUAAUAUCAGAACUUGUAUCUGUCUUGAAAAUAGGGCAUAAUGUUUGUUUUAAAAGCAUUUCAUAGUUCUGCAUUUCAUAACACUGAUUGAAACAGGGGCAGCAUGUUUAUCCAUAAAAUGGGACGGUCAUUUGCAUUUAUUAUACAUGUAUCUGUUUUUACUUGUAUAUAUUGUUAUUACUGUUGCUAUAAGCAUGAAUAUAUUUUUAUACAAAAAAUUCUGUUAAAAAAAUCUAAUAAAACGAAAUAUUCAACUUGA